AUGUACGGUCCCAAUGCGUAUAUUCAUUUCCUUCAUCAAUUGUUUGCCGGAAAAGCGAUUAGUGGGUAUCCCCCACCAUUAUCUUUUGAUUUUGUUAAUGAGGAAAAAGCAGAACAGCCCAAUUAUUUAACUCUUAAAGGAUUUGUUGAGUUGAAUAUGGGAAAUGAGAUGGGAAACAAUAACACAUCUGAAUUUAGAGAGGAAGAACAGGCAAGAACUGAAGGUCCAGAAAAAUCUUUACUGGAAGGUGGGGCCAACGAAGUCAAAGCGGAUGAAGUUGCAGACUUCAGCCAAAAAGAGGCUAGGCCAGGUUCUGAUGGUGCAGAUAAACUAAAUGGAAAUCACCAUGUCAUUGAGAAAGAGGAAGAAAAAAAUAAAGAAUGUAAUACGGCAGAGUUUCAUGUGGUUUCUGAAAAGCUACCAGACAGAACUAAAGAGGACAACGAAGUCCAGGCCAACUCUAAAGAGGAUAAAACAAAGGAGUUUGAUUCGGAAGAGAAUAGAUCGGAUGGAAAUGAGCAUGAGCAUGAAAAGCAGGCUUCAAAUCAGGAAGAGGAAGAAGGGGAGGGAGUUUCCAAUUUGAACACAACAAUACUAGCAUUAGAUGAGCCGAAACCUGAAAAGACUUCAGAUUUCAAAAGUACUCAGCAUGAAUUGCUCAACAUUAAAGCCGAAUCUUUCAUAGAAGAUAGCAACAAGUUUCCAGAAGAAUGCAAGGAUGCUUUGGGAUUGAGUUUGAACAACACUUACCAUUCAGCAGAAUGUGCCAUGGCAGAUUCAGAAGAAACCACCAAUAUGGAUCGAGUUCUUGGUAUUGACCGAGAUAUUGAUAAGGAAAAUGGAGUGAGGGGAAAAGGUUCAAACUUCGACAUGAUAACACAGGCAUCAGAAGAUCCAAAAUCUGAAAAGAUUUCUGAUUUUGAUGCUGAUCAAGUUAUUGAUACUGAUCGAGAUGCAGAUAAGGAAGAUGAUAGAGAGAGGGGCAAAGGUUCCAACUUAGAUCCAAAAUCUGAAAAAGCAACAGAUUUUGAUGUUGAUCAAGUUCUUGAUACUGAUCGAGAUACAGAAAAGGAAGGUGAUAUUGAGAGGGUCAAGGGUUCAAACUGCCAUACGAUGACACAAGCAUCAGAAGACCCAAAAUCUGAAAAGUUUUCAGAUUUUGUUGCUGAGCAAGUUAUUGAUAAUGAUCAAGAAAAAGGUGAUAUUGAGAGGAUCAAAGGUUCAAACUGCAAUACGAUGACACAAGCAUCAGAAGACCCAAAAUCUGAAAACGUUUCAGAUUUUGUUGCUGAUCAAGUAAUUGAUAAUGAUCAAGAAAAAGGUGAUAUUGAGAGGAUCAAAGGUUCAAACUGCAAUACGAUGACACAAGCAUCAGAAGACUCACAAUCUGAAAACUUUUCAGAUUUUGUUGCUGAUCAAGUUAUUGAUAAUGAUCAAGAAAAACACAAUGAAAAUGAUGGAGCAAGAGGAAAAGAUUCCAACUUUGACACGAUAAAACAAGCACCAGAAGAUCCAAAAUCUGAAACGACUUCAAAUUUUGAUGCUGAUCAAGUUAUUGAUACUAAUCAAGAUACUGAUAAGGAAGUUGAUGGACUGAAGGAAAAAGUUUCCAACUUCGACAUGAUAGCACAAGCAUUAGAAGAUCCAAAAUUAAGAAAGACCUCAGAUUUCGAUGCUGAUCAAGUUAUUGAUACUCAUCGAGAUACAGAUGAGGAGAAUGGUGCAGAGAGGGGAGAAGGCUACCAUGUCAAGACGUUACAUGUAUUGGACGAUCCAAAAUCUGAAAAGAAUUCAGAUCUUAAGUCUAUUCAUCAUGAAUUGCCUGAAACCAAGGCAGAAUCGUUGGCGGGAUCAAGUGCUGAUGGAUCCUCACAAGAAAUCAAGUACUGUUUCGGCUCUAGUUUGGAACAUACUGAGGAGAAUGAUCACUUCAUGUGCACAGAAAAAUUAUCUAACGUGGAUUCUUUCGGCGCAGAGGCAAAGACAGAUAUGGAGAAGAAGAACUGUGAUAUAAUAGAGCCAAGGUCAUGCCAUGAAAAUACAAUGCCAACAACUACAAUUGUCGAUACUAAAGAUGAAGAAACUGCGAUAGAUUUGAUCGGUCAUAAUACUUCAUGUUCACAACCAGAAGAGAAGAGUCUGGUGAUAGAAUUACCGAAGUCAUGCAUGCAAGUUCCCGAGGUUGAAAACAGAUGCACAGUUUUGAAAGAAGAAACCCAAUUAAGAGAAGAACAGGGAACUGAAACAAUCGUUCAAGACAAUCUUCCAACUCAAUCUAAGAUUUCAAAUGAGGUCCAAGAGGAAUUUAACACGAUUAGGUCGCACUCCGAGGAAAAUGCAGCUUCUGAAUCUGUUGUCAGAAACCAGAACGAGACUCCUGGAGAAGAUUGCGAGGAUUCAGAUGAAGAAUAUCUGGAAAUUUCUGAACAAAUUAUGGAAGUUUUAAAUUCAUCUAUUGGAGAUUACAAGCAUAAGAAUGAGGGGAUGGGAGAGACAACGGAAAUUUCAACAAACGUUGGACAUGAAGGGGAAAGACGAGAACCAGAGGAAAACUUAUUUGAACCUCUUUUAGGGCUUCAACCUCAAAGCCAUCAAAAGGAAGCUUCGAUCACAUUUCAAACUGGAGAAAGUACAGAUGAAUCAAUCUCAACACUGAGGCAAAUAACCGAAAAAACAUCUGAAAAAUCCAAGAAAAAUUCCUCAGACUCUCCACAUUAUAUACAAACAGCUUCAGCAACAUUCACAGAAACUAAACCAUCGACAAAUCCGAUCGACGAACAGAAUGUAACAACGCUUCCGCUCUCAACAUUCAGAGAGGAAAAUCAAGAAUCUCCAGGAAGAACAAGCAACGAAUCAAAUUCCGACAAUUCAGUCGCUGAUAUCGAAAUGCGUAAAUCGCCUAGCUUCAAUAUAGAUAUCCAAAGCGAAGGAAAGGCAGUAGAAACAGAGAAAAUUCCAUUGUUAUACCAGAUCAAGACAAUCGAAGACUUACAAAAUCUGCAGGAGAUUAGCUUCCCAAAUCCAACGGAGAAGCGAGUUGUAAAGUUAGGAAGAAGCGAAUCAGAGAAAUCGAGACCUUCAUUCCCAGGAUUCGCAAAAGAAAAAGAAGAAUCGGAGAUGGAAUCCACCGCAAUCAAUCAACAUAAAUUAGGCGCCACAAAAAACGCAGACAAAGACUUACCACCGCCAUCGCCGAUUCGAAAAGGGAAGCGCAGAAGCAAAUCCCUAAUCUUCGGAACCUGCAUCUGCUGUGCUACUGCAAUCAAUUGAUCGGAUUUUCUCUCGAAUUCAAAUUUCUGAGUGGUUUUCACCGGUUUUCUUCCCUUCCUGCUACGGUUCUACAAGUUUGUUCGCACCGUCCGUACACUUC